UAAAAUCUUUUUAAAGAAAAAUUUUUUAUAAUUUUUUUUUUGUAAAUCUUUUUUGCAACCAAAAAAACUACAACGAUAACAAUCUGUGUUAUAAUCUCCCCAUUCAAAACAAAAGGUGAUAAUCGAUUUUCUGUUUCCAUCGCAAAAAUCAUUCGUCUUUGACGAAAACGAAAACCAAAACAAAAAUAAUUUUGAUUUCGAUUUUUUUUGAACUUGAAACAACCACCAAUCGAACCCCAGAUGCAAAUAAUAAAACCGGAUUCAGAUAAUAAUAAUAUCGAUGAUAAUAAUCGAUUAUCGGAAAAUAAUGAUUCAACCAUCAUCACCACCACCAUCACCACCAGUAAUCAAUCAACAGCUGAAAAUAAAGAUUCGAAUUCGAAUCAUGAUGAAACAACAAUGCAAUUUGAAACCGAACAACAACAAUGUGAAUUUAGAACCCAAAUUGAUAAUAAUAAGUCAAUUUCGGCGGCAGCAAUUGCUCAACGUAAAAUUGUAAUGAGUGAAAAUUCUAGUCAAGAACAGCAACAAUCGAUAAAACUGACAACAAAAACAACACAGCCAACAACAAUAAACGAAGAUAAUUCAAAAAUUAUCCUAAAAUUUGAUGAUCUAUGUAAAAAUGUUGAUGAAAUUAAUGAAAUUUUUCCUGGAUAG